AUGUCAAGGCCUGUUGAGAGAAUAGCAGAGAUCAAUGAUGGAAAAGAGCUUUGGAAGAUUGUGGUUAGGAUUCACCACAGAUGGAAAGUUGUCUCCAACAACAAGGAACAUUUUGAAAUGAUCUUUGUUGACAAAUUGGGAGAUGAUAUUCAUGCUGUUGUUCCAGCACCGCAUGUGUCGGUGUUCACCGAAAAAUGCUUAUUAGGGCAUACUUAUACUGUAUCUAAUUUUAAGGUGGUGCCUUAUGUUCUGGCCUUCAGGGCAUCAGGACACAAAUAUAUGAUAAAGUUUACUGCUGGAACGUCUGUUCUUGAUGAAGACAAACAUGAGAUACCCCCGAAAUCGAUUUUAUUUACAAGUUUUUCCGACAUCAUAACAGGGAGGUUUGACAAACAUGUUCUGAUUCAUGUCGUUGGAAUGGUGGAUAGUAUUGGUUAUGCACAGAUUGAGUCAGGUGCAAAGAAGCAGCAAAUUAGCAUGAUGUUGCGUGAUCACAGCAACAACAUGUUGAACUGUACUCUGUGGGAAUCAUACGCGGAUCAGUUCAUCAAGUUUAACAAAGUUAGGGUUGCUGCAUCACUCCCUACAGUUGUGUUGCUUCAGUAUGCUAAAGUGAAGGAAGAAGGAAAGUAUCCUCUGUCUGUGACAAACACCUACAAUGUGACCCUUUUAUGUGUUGAUGCUGAUUUUCCGGUCAUGAAAGACUUUAUUGAUAGAAUGCCUGAGGAGAGCAGGGUAACCCUGUCUGAACAACUUGGAGGGAAUUCCCAAUAUUCCUCCCAAAGUUCUGAAAAUCAACAGCUCACUCCUGUGCAAAAAUUGUUCUCAAAGGCUGUUGUUUUGCCUAUUGCUGAGAUUAUUCAACUUACGGAUGUUACAUUUUGUGCUAUUGUCGCUACAACAAAAUUAUUAGUAGCAUCUCCGUUUGGAUGGUAUAAGAUUGAAAUUGAGACGAAUUAG